AAUCCAUGAACAUGAUGAACAACAGAAAACGUGUACUGAAACGUCCAUGGGCUUAAAUCAGGCUGCUGCAACAUCUGUGGGGUUACCGGUAAAUCAGGCUACUGAAGAUGAACUAAAUCCAAUUGAAAUUGAUUCAUCAUUACUUGCAGGAUCAUUAGAUUUACUGACUGCUGCAGCACAAGUACAAGAACUGCAAGAUAGCCUUAAAUCAACGGUUGAGACUCUCCAUCAGCAGAGAAUUUUAAAUCAUCACCUGCAGCUUCAAUUAUCCGCAACAUCUCAACACUGUACUGAUCCAGAGCCUGAAUUUACCGUUGAAAAAAUUCUUCAACAAGAGAAAAAAAAUCCUGGAUUAUUUCUUUAUUAUACCAACUUGAAGUACUGUACAUUUGUCACUCUGUUAGAAUUUUUGACCUCUCAACAGUUACCAGAAUAUGCAAAAAAGAGAAAAGAAAUCAAGAGGAUGAAUGCAGCAUCGCAACUCUUGUUAACACUGAUGAGACUCAGACAUAACUUCGGCCUAAAGGAUUUGGCGGCACGAUUUUGUAUUUCUAAACAAUCUGUCAGUGAAGUAUUUAAUGCAUGGGUUGAUCAUAUGUAUAUGAUGUUGGGUGCAGUACCAAUAUGGCCUCAUCGUGACCAUGUCAUUAGUAAUAUGCCAUUACAGUUCAGAUCUGAAUUUCCAAGAACCAUUGCUAUUGUUGACUGCACAGAAUUGAAAACACAAAAACCAUCAUCUUUAAAGUUACAAUCACAAAUGUAUUCUGAUUAUAAAUCGGGAACAACUUUAAAAGGACUGGUAGCUUGUGAUCCAAUGGGUAAUAUUGUGUUUGUCAGUGAGCUAUUUACAGGGUCCAUGUCAGAUGUGGUUAUCACUCAGAAAAGUGGAUUUUAUAAACUCCUACGUCAACUUUUGGAGGCAGGCUACAUUCUGCAAGGUGACUGUAUCAUGGCGGAUAAAGGAUUCACCAUUGAAUCAGAUUUGAAAUCUUUGGGGUUACACCUAAACUUGCCAUCAUUUGUAAGUAGUGGAACACAGAUGCCUCAAUCUGAUGUUGACUUGACACAGAAAAUUGCAGCUCAUCGCAUACAUGUAGAACGAGCUAUUCGUAAAAUAAGAACUUUUAAGAUCGUAUCACAUUGUAUUCCAACCAGCAUAUUUGGCUCAAUCAACAAGGUAUGGACUGUGUGUGCUUUACUCACCCUUUGGCAAGAUCCAGUAUUGAAAAAGAAGUAAAAAUGUACAAGUGGUGUAAAGAGUAAAUGUACAUGUAUUUUGCUAGUUUUUAUACAUGUAUAAGUAAAGUAACAGCCUAUAAUUUUUUUGAUUUUAGAAAUGCACUUAAUGAUGUUAAAUAUUAUGGUAUCUGUGUUGUGAAUCUAAAACUUAGCUCAUCAUUUUUUAUGUGAAUGACCAAUGGACUAAAACCCUUGAUUAUGAACUUGUGGAACUCUGGAAAACUUAAUAGAAAAAGAAAGGUCUCUACAUUUGAUGGAAAAAAUUAUUUUUAGAAUGUGUUGUUCAUGAAAAUUGACACUUUCAAGUGAGAUUGUAUGCAAAACUGCAUAAAUAAUUUUCAAGAUUUCUACUGUAAAUUUUAACUGAGCUACUGGUACAUGUAUAUAGGGAGAUUCUGUGAAAAUUAUUACAAAAUGUGAGACAUAGCUUUCCUUAAUCUGAUCAAACACUAAAAUGAAUAACUUUUGAUGAACCAUUGUUGUACUGAUUUGCCUUUGCUUUGACUUUCAUGAUUGAAAUUUUAUAAACCCCCCCAACCCAAACCCAUUGUUAAAUGUUAAUACACACCUGAUAACUUAGUGUUGAUCCAAGCUUUACAUCACCAAAUUCACUGCUUAUAUUUGGGACUUGUGAUGUAAUUAAUUGUGAUAUUGGUGAUCCUUCCACUGACUUCAACAAGUGAAACGACUUAUCACUUAACUCUGGGACUCUGUUAGUGUAUCAAUGAUAUCAAAUAUGAAAUUUUAUGGAUUUUUUUCCCUUAAAUUUGUUAAAUGAAGUUGCAUGUAUUCCCAAAGUACAGUGAAUUUUAAAACAAAUAAGUUUUUAUAAAAUGUUUAUUCAUCAUUAUAUAGAAUCAGUAUGAAACUUUGUUCAUUUAUAAUAAGUAAAAACAUUAAACAUUUAUUCUGUACCUGGACUUGAUUUCUUUUGGCAAU